AUGAACAGUCUAGUCAACAUCCUCCGACAGUGUGAUGACACAGUGGUAUCAUACUAUACAGGUGUUCCUGUGUCCACCCUCUCUGCUGAACUGACAACUUCCUCUUUUCUUCAGCAAGGAGGGGCCUCGGAUCCUCUAAAAAGAGUGGAAAAGUGUCAGAAAGAGCUGAGCCUCAAUAUCCCUCAUCUAAAAGGGCAGCAGGAGAUCGAGGAGUUUGAACAUGUUCUGCUGAAACUCACCUUCCCUUCAUUUUACAAUAGUUACAACAAGUACUGCUGUAAACUCUAUCCGGGAGGAUGUUACAAGCUGCUGGACAGUGCAGGAUUCACUUGUGAAUUUCUGAAAGGAAGAGUUACGACAACUGAGAAAGAUGGCUGGAUAGAAUUUAAAAUAUCAAAUGUGCGCUCCGUGGAUGGAGGAUAUUACAGAUGUAUUGUGCUGGGAACUCAGAACCGCAUCUACAGUGAUUACUAUGUUGAGGUGUCUGAGGUUUCAGAUCCCCACAGCCGGUCUCAGCCUUCACUGACAACAACUGUCAAAGCCCCCAACACCUCCACAACACUCCCAGACUCCACUUGGCCUGCUCUGCCACAGGACCACAGUGACAGAGUUCCAUGGAGUUUUGGCCUGCCACUAGCUGUCAUUGUUUCCAUUGCAGUGAUGAUUUUGGUCACUUCAGUUAUUGGUGUUGUUUGCUGCAGAGUCAAGGCAAAACGUAAACAGCCGGACAAAUAUGCAGAAACUCAAUGUGAGUCACUGAAACAAGAGGCCCCAGAAGUGAGCAGCCUAGUCUACACAACAGUGGACUUCAGAGCUCACCUGAAACCAACAGAGGUGUAUGCAAACCUGAGGAUGCACAAAACGCAAGCAGGAUCCCCUGACUCGACCUGGAGCGCAGAGCAUGAUGGGAUGGUGGAGUACUCCACACUGGCAAUCCACCAGUGAAUCCACCUGUGAGAAUCCAGUUCAUUUCUGAUUUUAAUUAGACCGAUUCUGUUUUUUCCACCACUGUGUUUGAAAUUGUAAAAUGUCAGUUUACUAAACAUGGUUACUACUCCUUAGACAGUACAGAGUUUGACAGGGAUUCAUCAGGCAGGAAGGAUCCAACAAAAACAUGCAUUUGGUUGCAUUGUGGGAAAUGUAUUGUAGGAUCCAGCAUUUGUGGAGCUUUACCCAUAUUAGGGACUACACAUCCUCAUGAUCUACUGCUUUUCUUUGAACUAUUCUUUUCUCUUUAGUGAGUCCCCCAACUUUAUGGAGGUGCAAUAUUAAAUCGCUGAACUACCCCGUGUGUAUAUAUAGCAUGUGUUGUUUGUGAAAAUGAGAAGACGUAAAAAUGAAAUGAUGCAUUAAAGAAAUUAACAUAGUCUGGUGAAAUUAAGAAAAAACACUUUUGUUUGAGUCCUUUCGACAGUGUUCGCAGGUUGAAAAAGCAGCAGAGUUGUCAGAUUAUGUCAUCAGGUUAUCUUUUGUUAAAUCAAUGUUUGUCCUUAUCAGUUUCUUCUCCAUUACAACCUAGCCUUCUGGCUAUUCUGAGAGCCGCUCGAUAUUCUAUUCUUGGCCUCUUUUUCCCUCACACAAAAAAGCUGGUGGCAAUCCUUUUUGAAUCCUCUAUAAAAGGUCGAGUUUAUCUUAAGAGUGAAUGAAUGAAUAGACUGAACAGAUUCUUAUUUCUGUGACAUUUCAGUGCAGCGCUGUAACACAAAACUAAGGCGACUAAAGAUGUUUCUAAAGAGGUCUUUCAGCACUGAUGUGUGAGCUUUGUUGUACUCACCACAGUCAGACGGACACAUACGCAAAAAACACACAGAAUGAUUUUAGUUACUGUAAACGAUUUAUUGCAAAGGCAUAUGUUCAAACGUAUUGCUACAAUCUCUAAUUGCACAAUUUGUAUUUAUUUCAAUCAGACAAGCCCCUACACUGGGAAUAUACAUUCAUAGAUAUCCACCAGGUGUCUCAUUUGAUUACACCGACUUGGCCAGGCCAAUGUUCUGAUUCUGGGAAUCAAAGAUUACAUAGAACUCCCUGAUGAAGACAUCUCCCAGGAUCCAGAGCAUCUCAGAGCCACCCUGGCCAAAGCCAGUGCUGCAGCCGUAGUUGCUCUGUGAAGAGACAACAGAAAAUACAUUUACUUCCCCCAAAUCUUCCUUAUAGUGCUGAAAACGUUUCUGUUGCAGUAAGUGUCUGGGUUCAAACUGACCUGUGAGACGUAGGCAGAUGCAGGGACGGUGAAGGCAUGUCCGUUGAGAGUGAAGGUGACCUCAGGCAUGCUCUGGAUGUUCUGGCAGUACACUGUAGCCUGUGAAAAGCACGUCACACACACAGUUGAAUACCGUGUUGCAGCAGAAAUUGUAUUUAUUGGUAUUGUAAAGGUUUCCAACAAGUAACCAUGUCCUGCUUAAUUAUUUUCAUUUGAGAGUUUUGACGUCAGAGCAUGACAUGUUUGUUUACUCUGGGUUCAGAAAAUGGGGAAAAUUUACUUCAAAUGGUACGGUAUGAUGGUAUGACUCACUUCUCCAUACUGGUUGGUUGAGGCUCCAACCCAGCCAUUCAUAUUGUUGAUAUCCUUGGUUGGGCCAACAAUCAGGGAAGUACCAGUGUCAAUGAUGGCCUGACAGCCACCACAGCAGGCCACAACCUCUCCAUUAAUGGUAACACUGGGAGGAGGAACAGCAGAAAGUGGAUUACAGUCAAGUUGCACAUCUUGUGUUUGUGCUUAGUACUUUGUUUUGUGUUUUCUUGGUACCUGUCCAUUUGUAUCUGCCAGUAAGUAGCAGAGGUCAGAGGAACCCAGGUGAUUUGUCCAGUGUAGUGGCUGCUGUCAAUACCACCGAAUACCACCUCACUGCCCUGCUCACUAUUGCUAAGAGAGGAAAAAACAACAAAUUAAUUAAAUGUCACAGAAAAUGACACCCUGCAAACCAACAGAGCUCCAUCCUGUUUCAGUACCUGUUCAGGUAGACGGAGAACAGGGGCUGAGACACCAGUCCCUGAUUGACCAUGUUGUCAAAGACAGGCACUACGCUGUCAGAGGCAAUGCUCUGGAAGGCCAACCCCAGGAUACCAUCAGCUACCAUGUUAGCCAUGAAGGGAGCCUCUGUUUUGCUAAUUCCAAACAUCUGCUUGGACACUGUGAUGCUGCCCACCUGUACACACAAGACAGCUGUCAGUCACAGUUCAACAGACCACACAGAUAUGCCCUUUUGCAGUCUAAAUAGACUAUGCAUUUUGUUCUAGGGGCUUUGGUUACCUCAACAUUGUCAAUGGCCAGAUGUCCAGUCAUGCUGCCGGUGCCAUACUGGAUGGACAGAGUCUGGUCGCCCCAUUGGAAUGUGCUGGACUGCUGUGGGUUGAAUUUCUUGUGGUUGUCUGCAGAGGAAUGGGGUCUUUGUCAGAC